AUGGCAAAUAAGUACCAUGUUCGCUCAAUUAGCUUGCCCUCUAGAUCUCAUCCUACCACCGUUAGAGUGGAGGAGGAGCUGAGCAAGCUAAAGACUUGGGAAGGAACAUUCGUAUCCUCAUCAGAGUCCAUUCACACUGCCCUAUCCUUGCUUCAAGAUCUCUACCUUGCCUUGGAUGGUCUUCUCAACCUGCCAUCCACCCAACAAGUGAUUUCUCUCCACAAAGGUGACAAAUGUGUGGAAGAGGUGUUGGAUGGCUCUAUGAGAAUUUUGGACAUGUGUGGCGUAACGAGGGACACCAUGUUGCAAAUUAAGGAAAAUGUCCAAGCCCUUCACUCUGCCCUUCGAAGAAGAAAAGGAGAUUCAAGUGUUGAAACAAGUGUGGCCGAGUACAAAUUGUUCGCUAAAAAGAUGAAGAAGAAUGCCAGUAAGUUUAUCACAUCGUUAAAGCAGAUGGAUGGCAAAUUUGGGGUGUCCCCACUUUUGGAUCUUGAUCACCACCUUGCUUCUGUGACUAGAGUGCUCAGGGAAGUCAUUGUGAUCAACUUGACAGUAUUCCAAUCUAUUUUGUUAUUCUUGACCGUGUCAUCAUCCACUUCUAAGGCAACCAAAUGGUUGCUGGUGGCCAAAUUGAUGCACAAGGGGGUAAAACCAUGUGAGGACAAUUCUGGGAAUGUCAAUGAGUUGCAUUGUGUGGAAAUAGCUUUGAACACUCUUCUAAACGAAGGCACUCAUGAUGAGAAGAUUCGUGUGGCGCAUGAAAGAUUGGAGGUUUUGGAGAAUGCCAUUGGAAGUAUAGAGAAUGGCUUAGAGAGUGUUUUUAGGCGCUUGAUUAAAACCAGAGCUUCCCUUUUGAAUAUAAUCUCCCAGUAG